UACAUUCCCUACACUCAGGCCCAGGAUAGCUCUCUCUCACUCUCACCCUCUCUCUCUCUCUCUCUCUAUCUUUCCCUCCUUCCCUUUCUCCCUGUCUGUCACCCGAGCAGCUUCCAGUGGGGCUGUGUGUGUUUACCCUCGCUUGGCCUGGCAACGGGGCCGCAUGCUCAGGAUUACCGGAGGCCCUGCCUUUCAUCGCCGCCCGCUCUCUCUUCCUUCUGCCGUCGACUCCUGGACUACGGGAGCCCAGGAACAAGGCAAGAGGGGCCGUGAAGGAACAGUGUCCUUUUACGGGCUUUUUUUUACACUCCCACUACCACUUUUCUUCCAACUCCUGUCUGGACAGCGCCCCAUCUCAUUCUUCUUUCGGUUGUUUUUUUCUUCUGUCUCUCUUUCUUUUGCACAAGUGUUUGGAGGGGAGUAAUUCAACGUGGAUUUCUGUGAACUGAAGUGAGAUGGAUCACUCUCUGUUUGGCUGCCUGCGAAGCCCUCACGCCCCAGCGCAGGCACUGCAUCCGGCCCUCACCCAGUCCUCCCUGGUUUUGCACGGCCGCUCCGACCACGUCUCCUACCCUGACUUGCAGGGACCCUCACCACCCUUCACUUACCCUGGAGAGGAGGGCAGCUUCAUGGGGCCUCAUGCUCGUGGGCACCCUACUCAGCAACUUUCCCAUCACCCCCAGCACCAGCCAUCCUGGCACAUCCAGCAGAUGCCCUCGCCUGGUGGCACCCGCCAUGGCAUCUGCCUCCCAAACCCUGACACCCCCGCAUCAGAGCUAUGUGGCUCUGGAGUAACAGGUAGCCAGGGCCUGUGCACAGCAAACCCAGGUCUGGGCAACAGUGACCCUUUGGGGGCAUCAGGUGUGCCUGCGGACUUUGGGCGAAACACCAUGUCACCUGUAAAACCAGAGAGAAGGAAUAGUAAAGGAAAGAGUGAUAGCCCAGAUUCCCAAGAUGGGAGCUACAAGUCAGACACAAGCAGCAAGCCGAGGAAGGAGCGCACAGCAUUCACCAAGGAGCAGAUCCGUGAGCUGGAGUCAGAGUUUGCCCACCACAACUAUCUGACACGGCUAAGACGUUACGAAAUCGCUGUCAACCUUGACCUCACAGAGAGACAAGUGAAGGUGUGGUUUCAGAACAGGAGGAUGAAGUGGAAACGAGUGAAAGGCGGGCAGCAGGGUGCAGCGGCCCGGGAGAAAGAGCUGGGAAAUGUGAAGAAAGGAACGCUCCUGCCCUCCGAGUUUGCUGGCAUGGUGGGACUGCACCACCCCCUUGGCUCCCCUGCCAAUGAGGACGACAGUCACGACAGUGACCAGAGCUCUGAACAUGCUCACUUAUGACCUUCUGGAAACUUCCAGCUGAAAACUACAUUUCCUCAGGAAUCAACUUUCUUAGUACUUUAGGGCCCUUAAAAACUUAUAGACUAGGGCUAGUUGUUGGAUUUCUUAGGUUUUGUUCUGUUAAACAGAUGGGGAGUCAGCUAACUAAACAGAUCUCAAUUUCAGCAACAUCUCAUCAGUGAGAUUUUACUAAAAAAGUGUGGUAUGACUGGGAAACUCAAUGGAAUCAACGGACUCGAAUAUGUUUUCAGUUGUAAGCUGUAGUCUAAAAUUGGAUUUUGUAAAUAAAUGAAAGAAUGUUGAGAACAUUCCACAUAAGUGCCUUGGAAAGAAAUUUUUUGCACUGUAUAAUUAUUGCCCUAAUUGAGUUCUACUGUAUUUACUUGGAUUUAAAUGGUUGCCAUUAAACAUUAACACCAUUGAGGAUGUAGUAUUGUGCCUGUUGUCAACUAAAGGAAUAUCUGUUUACUGUCUGAAUGACAGUGUUUAAUGCCCCAGCUUAUUAAAUAGAAUUCUGUAAUGAACAGUUAAUAGUAUGUUUCGUAAAGUGAGCUGAAAUAUGCAUCAUAACUUCAUACCAAUGUGUAGCAACUCCAUGCACCAUUUCCCUAAUGAGAAUAAAACCAUGUUACAGAAAACCAUGUUACAAUAGGCUGAAAUUUCAAACUACUUGCAUCGCUUAAUGUCUGCUAACAUGAGAACUGUCUUUGAGAUGAAAUAUGAUAAAUAUACAUAAUGGGGGAACUGCAUUUUUACCAUUUCUCAUCUAUUCUCUUGAAUGUGUAGUUCUCUUCCUUUCAUGCUUAUAUGUUUACCCUUUGAAUAAACAGGUAUUACAGCUCCAGA